GACAUAAAAGAAAAACAAAGUUCCAAGCCAUGAUAAACCCUCCACCAUGUUGAUGAACAACGAUCAUCACCAGCCAUCCAAACGAAACGUUUCAUCUGCACGUCAACAACAACAACAUGCCGGAUUCUCAACAUGAUUCCUCGGACGACAACGAGCAAUUAUGGGACUCCUAUUCUUCUCCUCCAUCAUCCGACAAAAUGAGCUCCACACAAUCAUCACCGGUUGCAAACUCUCUAUGGUCGUAUCGAGAACAACAUGAAGCGGUUAAUGAUUGCAUGGAUUUAUAUUCCAAUUACACCGGUAUAUUAGCUUCUCUAGUACGUGAAGAAGGCAAUGUAUAUUCAUUAGCGGCCAUUGAAGAUAUGUUGUACACCGGAUCAGAUAGCAAGAACAUCCGCGUCUGGAAAAACCGCAAGGAGUUUACCGGGUUUAAAUCCAAAAGCGGGUUGGUUAAAUCGAUUGUCAUAGCGGAUGAUAAGAUAUUUACAGGUCACCGUGAUGGGAAAAUUAGGGUUUGGCAUGCAUCAGUUAAGAACCCUAGCGUGUAUAAUAAGAUUGGAACUCUACCCAGUUUGACUUCCAUCGUGGAAAAAGCUAUGAAACCCAAGAAUUAUACGGAGGUGAGGAGGAAUCAUCGUGCGAUUUGGAUCAAGCAUUUCGAUGUCAUUUCGAGUCUUGAUUUGACGGAAGAUCGUUCGCUACUAUAUUCAGGUUCGUGGGAUAAGACGAUUAAAGUGUGGAAAGUAUCAAAUUUCAAAUGUUUGGAAUCGAUUCCUGCUCACGAUGACGUCGUUAACGCGGUGGUGGCCGGGUUUGACGAUUACGUUUUCUCCGGAUCAGCGGAUGGGGCGGUGAAAGUUUGGCGACGGGAGAUACCCGGGAAAAGAACGAAGCACUCAUUUGUGCAUACGUUAUUGAAUCAGGAAUGUGCGGUGACGUCAUUGGUUGUUAAUCCCUCCGGGACGGUGGUGUAUGCUGGUUUAUCAGACGGGCUUUUGCAUUUUUGGGAAAGAGAUAAGUUGUUAUCUGGUGGUAGAGUUUUGAGAUGGCAUAAGGUGGCGGUUCUGUGCUUAGCAGCAGCAGGGAGUUUGGUGUUCAGCGGUUCAGUGGAUACAAAUAUAUGUGUGUGGCGGAGAGACGAUGGAGGAGAGCAUAAAUGUAUGUACGUUUUGAGUGGACACAGUGAGCCGGUGAGGUGUUUGGCGGUGGAUAUGAGUCGUCGUGACGGGAUUGGUGAACAAUCUUGGACGUUGUAUAGUGGUAGUUUAGAUAGGUCAGUGAAGAUAUGGCGGGUGUGUAUGCAAACGCCACAAAUUGAUGAGCAAGACCCACCAUCACCGUCGAAGCACAAAAAUAGGUCGAGUAAGAGCUGUAAUGGCGGAUUUCAGAGCUUCACGGAUCAAGGCCGAUUGAAUCAACGGAGAAAGUAGUCGAUAAGAAGGAAGUUGUACAUUAGGGUUGCAAAUUCAAUGGGUGCCAACCUUUUCUUUUGUAAAUUUUAGAAUGAGUAAACUGCA